UUUCAGCCAACUCGUUCAAUUCGACCAUGGAAAGGUACUGAGAAGAUGAAAACAUUCGGUCCAUCGUGUUUUCCGCACGACAAAAAUGCCCUCACCAGGGAUUUGCAAUACAGCGAGAUCUGUCUAUCGUUGAAUGUUAUGGCACCACUCCGCAAGAGUGCCGAAGAGGAUGGUUAUCCGGUCAUAGUGUAUAUUCAUGGCGGUGGAUUUGAGAUUGGAAGUUCAGCAAGUUUUGAUUACAAGAAUCUUUGCGAUACUUUUGUUAGUCGAGGAAUUGUCUUUGUUACGUUCAACUAUCGUGUUGGAUUCCUCGGUGAGUUCUGUUCAGUCACUCAGUUUAUCGCUAUGCCCGCUGAGAAACCGUUAACUCUGCGACACUUUAUUAACAGAAGUGUGAAUAGUAAUAAUUGUGAUGAAAAUGAUAAAAUCAUAAAAUGUUCAGGAUUUUUGACAACUGGUGAUAAUGCGAUGCCCGGAAAUGCGGGGCUCUGGGAUCAAGUUCAGGCACUGACCUAUAUCAAGGAAAAUAUCGCUGCGUUCGGUGGUGAUCCAGAACGGAUCACCAUUAUGGAUCUAUUCCAGCAAACAAUCAGUUUAAGUGGUUCACCGUUUAAUGAGUUCGCAAGAAGUGAAACUACUGUGGACGAUAGCCUUGAUUUGAUUCGAGCGGUUGGAUGCCAUAAGGAACAUUCUAAACUUUCCAAAGAAUGCAUGAAACAGAAAUCAAUCGUUGAAUUGUUCAAUGGAGUCGAUAAAAUUGGACCAGGACGUGCCAUCGAAAGUGGUAUCAAAUUUCAUCCACAUUUCGAUGAGAGUUUCUUCCCGAAACCGUUGGAGCAACUUUUAAAAGAAGCACCUCAUAAGCCAAGUUUGGUCGGUGUCACGAACUCCGAAGCGGCCAUUUAUGGUUAA